GAAUAUUCGGCGUGCACUGUAAAUGUCGGUGAUAAACAAAAUUGAAUAACUAUCAAACAGUAUUUGAAAUGAGUGCCAAUCGAAAGGACUGGACACCAGCGGAGGACGCAACCUUUCUACGCAUCUGGUACAGCAAUCUGGUUGCGCUACGCGAAGGUAUAACACGAAAAGAUUUCCACAAGGACUUGGUGGCUGAUUUCAUAGAUCAAGGAAUCGAUGUGGCAUCCUCAAAAAUCCAGCGAAAAAUGCAGACGUUCAAGCGAAGAUAUUAUAAUGUUAAAGACAACAAAAAAGCGCAAAGUGAGUGGAUACAUUUUGACCGAAUGGUCACAAUUAUGAAAUAUGAAGAAGCGGUAAAUAAAACUAGCUCUGAAUCACAGCUGGAAGAUAACUCAAAAUCAUCACAAACUGAGGACGACAUUAGAGCAACAUCAUCAGACGGAGCACUUCCAAAGAAAUCGCAACGUCUACGCAACAGAAAAGAGACUAAUAAAACCAUAUCGAAUAUGAUUAAAAAAUUAAAACAAAGACGCACAUGGAGUCAACAAGAUGAAGACAUUUUCAUUGAUAUAUGGCAAACUAACAUUCAAAAUUUUCGAAGCCAAGAAAAAAAGCGCGAAGCUUAUGAAAAAAUGGAGUCAGAACUGCGUAGUCGAGGAAUUGAAAUCACCAUCCCAAAUAUCAAAGCGAAAAUUGAUACGUUUGCUCGCAAAUUUCGAAAUGUGGAUUCGGAUACCACAUGGAUUAACUAUGCUAAGGUUGGUGAACUUCUGGGUAUUUUGGAGGCAUCUGAUCAGCUUUCGGAAAGCCGUGAUGAUAUCAAUGACAAAAUACAAAAUCAAACUAAUUCAACAAGAAUCUACCCAGAAACAUACCUAAAAAUUGAAUUGAAUGAUGAAGGACAACCGCCAACGAAAAAAAGAAUUAUUAUAAAAGCUGAUGAUACAUUGGAAAAAACUAAAGAUGUACACAAUGAAAUUAAUCCAAUAGAUGCUUCAUUAGAUGUAAUCGAAUUAAGUGACCCAGAAGAUUUCGAAUUUGAGAUGCUGCAAGAUGACUCAAUGGAGGUGUCAAGUAUUCGAAAUUCCGAUCGGAGUACCGGCAAAAUUCAGCUAUCUGAUCAGUUUGGACAGUUUGUUGUUAAAGAGCUAAACUUGUUGAAUGACGAUCUGUUAAUAGAGGCAAAACGAAGAAUUUACAAUAUCAUAUGUAGAAUGCAUAUGAAGCAACUAAGGCAUGGUCAUAAAGCGAGCUGAAUUAAUUUGGUAACUUAAUAAUUUGAUGUAAGUUUUCAAGUAUUUCGUUUGCUGUGUAUACUUAUAGCUAUUAAUAAAUGUCCAUGAGUUAUUUUUAA